UUCCACACUGCUGCUCAUCAAAGGGAAGGCUCAAAGUCGUUAUAUAUAUCGUAUCAUGGAAGUUAUAAAGACACGCAUCCAACUUCUCAAGCUGUACACCAAAACCCUUAUAAAAGAAGCAGCAGCUUUAUGAGAGAUAUUAUUUCUAUAGCUACAACAAGAUACAGCAAGUUACUGUUUAGCAAACCCAACAACCGCCACAUCAAAACCAUUGUUCCUUCCAUUAUCAGAAACAUCAUGUCUGAAUCGGAUCAUCAAUCCCCUGCUUUUACCUCCCCAAAAAUGGUGGUCAAGAAGAUCCUCGCCAAGUCCCAAUCUGAGGGCGAUGGCGCUACUGUCAGGAGAGCCAUUGGAAGCCGUGAUUUGAGGAACCUGGAUCCAUUUCUCAUGCUAGAUGAUUUUUCAGUAUCCCCUCCUGCUGGAUUUCCUGAUCAUCCUCACAGAGGUUUUGAGACUGUCACCUACAUGCUACAGGGAGGCAUCACUCACCAAGACUUUGCAGGGCAUAAGGGUACAAUCUGGGCUGGAGAUGUGCAGUGGAUGACAGCAGGCAGAGGAAUAGUUCAUUCUGAAAUGCCUGCUGGAGAAGGACCCAACACAGGCUUGCAGCUCUGGAUCAAUCUAUCCCGCAAAGACAAAAUGAUUGAGCCAAGAUAUCAAGAACUCCUAUGUAAGGACAUAAGGAGGGCAGAGAAAGAUGGAGUUGAAGUCAGAGUUAUAGCAGGAGAAACAAUGGGAGUUAGCUCCCCUGUUUUCACCCGAACCCCGGCAUUGUUCUUCGAUUUCACCUUAAAACCCAAAGCUCAACUUCAUCAAAGCAUACCAGAAACCUGGACUUCCUUUGUAUACAUAAUUGAAGGAGAAGGUGUGUUUGGGUCAACGCAUGCAUCAGCUCAUCAUGUGCUUGUUUUGGGUCCUGGAGAUGGUCUAAGUGUCUGCAACAAGACAUCAGAGCCGUUGAGAUUUGUGUUGGUGGGAGGGCAACCCAUCAAUGAGCCAGUGGUUCAGCAUGGGCCUUUUGUGAUGAACUCACAAGAUGAAAUUAACCAAACUAUUCAGGAUUAUCAUUAUGGCCAGAAUGGAUUUGAAAUGGCCAAGUCUUGGAGGUCUCAAUGAGUUUGAGGAACCCAAAAAAAAAAAAUUUGAAAAAACAGAAGGAAAAAUGGAUUAAAACCCCUCAAGUUCUAGAAGAAAAUGUGAGGUGAGGGCAAAGAAGAAGAAUAAGAUAAAGCAACUAUCUUUAUCAGUGUCACUAUCUCCAUCCAUAUAAGCAAUUGAGUGGGAAGUGAAAAGAAAGAUUUCAACAGACAUUAGGGGCAAAAGCUUCUAGAAGAUUCCAAGCUUAUGCUGGUUACCCACUGAAGUCAUGAUGGUGGGUCAGCUUAUCUUGGUUGAUUUUUUUUCUUUUUCUUUCAACAAGAUUAUGCUUUUUAUUUUUAUUGUAUUUUGUCUUAAAAGUAAUCUUUGUGGUAAUUGAUGGUUUGAAUUUGAUUAGAUUUUGCUUA